UCGUACUAAACUCGGCCAGCCCCCUCGUUUUGACGCCAAACCCUUUUGCUUAUUUUUACUAUUUACCAAACAUACCCUUAAAAUCUCACGAUUUUACAUCAACGUUGGAUUUUAUUGUAAGGGUAAGAUUAGUGGGUCCUCGGAAAAUACAAAAAGAGGUAGAGAGAGAACUGUAUACAAGUAUCAUUGAUAGAGCAUUAGAGAGAGAGUGUGUGUUCUGUGGGAAAACUGAGGACGGCGUGAUACGCUGAAAAUUCACAAUUUUUAUCCCCACUUUCACUAUAAAUUGUGUAUCUAAAGAUGGAGAGAGAAAGUCUGAAUCCUUUUAUGCGCUAAUCGAUAUUGCAUAUGUACAUUCUGAAUCUGAAUCCAUUGCUUAAUGAAGCUGUUGCUCCGAUCUUUGUCUUCUUCGGACGGACUCUCCAAUUCAUAAAAUCUACGCCGAUCCGAUCGAUUUUGUAAUCCUUUUGUUUUCUGAUUUAAUGAAGUGAGAGUAAAGGAGAUUUUGUUUGUCUUUUGUAUUUUAAUUUGCAUUUAUUAGUGGAUAUUUUCGAUCGUCGACUUUUGAAGGGAGAGAAAAUGAACGGAGGUGAUGAUGGAGAGUCGGUGGCUUCUUCGGCUGGUCCUCAGCCUCCGCUAGAUUGGAAAUUUUCUCAGGUCUUCGGCGAGCGCACUGCUGGCGAAGAAGUACAAGAAGUUGAUAUUAUCUCGGCUAUUGAGUUUGAUAAAACUGGUGACCACCUUGCUACCGGUGACCGUGGGGGAAGGGUUGUGUUAUUUGAAAGAACUGAUAUGAAAGAGCAUGGUAGAAAUCGAAGAGAUUUGGAGAGAACAGACUACCCAGGUAGUCGACAUCCAGAGUUUCGGUACAAAACUGAAUUUCAAAGCCAUGAACCUGAGUUUGAUUAUCUCAAGAGUUUGGAAAUCGAGGAGAAAAUCAAUAAGAUCCGAUGGUGUCAGACGGCUAAUAGUGCCCUCUUUCUCCUGUCCACUAAUGACAAAACCAUUAAGUAUUGGAAGGUCCAAGAGAAGAAAGUUAAGAAAAUCUCAGAGAUGAAUGUUGAUCCUUCCAAAGUUGCAGGAAAUGGUAGUGUUGCCAAUGCAAGUGUUUCUCCCAGUCCUAAUCACAAUCUUGCCAAUGGGGGCUUUGUAGAUCAAUCUGACAACUGCUUGAGCAAAGACGCAUCCUUUCCAGCCCCGGCUAUUUCCUCACUACGAUUACCAGUGGUCACAAGCAAUGAGACCAGUCUUGUCGCAAGAUGUAGGAGAGUAUAUGCUCAUGCGCAUGACUACCAUAUCAAUUCUAUUUCAACUAAUAGCGAUGGUGAAACAUUUAUAUCAGCUGAUGAUCUGCGAAUAAAUCUUUGGAACUUGGAAAUAAGCAAUCAAAGUUUCAAUAUUGUUGACGUUAAGCCAACAAAUAUGGAGGAUCUAACUGAGGUGAUAACAUCAGCAGAGUUUCAUCCUACUCACUGUAACACAUUAGCAUACAGCAGCUCAAAAGGGUCAAUUCGUCUUAUCGAUUUGCGGCAAUCUGCAUUGUGUGAUUUACAUUCUAAAAUAUUUGAGGAACAGGAGGCACCUGGUUCAAGAUCAUUUUUCACUGAGAUAAUAGCUUCAAUUUCAGAUAUCAAGUUUGCAAGAGAUGGAAGACACAUACUUAGUCGUGAUUACAUGACCCUUAAGUUAUGGGAUGUUAAUAUGGAUUCUGGUCCAGUGGUUCAGAAAGUCCGGGAGUUGAUGCCAACGGAAACUCAUUUGAUUUCACUACCAAACUGCUCCACCUGGCAUGGCACCCGACUGAAAACUCUAUUGCCUAACAACUCUUUCGCAAGCAAAUUGAGGCGCCACAGUUUCUCCCUCAUCAAAGUGCCUUGUAAACCUGUAGCACAUUCAUUGAGUGCUCAUCGGGCAGAAGGUUGGUUUUCUUUGUUGAAUUCAAAUCUUCCUGCUGCUGCUUAUUCGCGGGGCAUUAAGUUCAUAAACUUUUCUUUGAUUUGUAUAUUUUGCAUUCAGUCUGGGUUAAGAUGUAUUGAGCUGUGGCCCGAUAUGUGCAAAGAUCUGUGA